CAAAGGUUACCACGCAUGUAGUCAAGUGGAGCAAAAGCAACCGAAAACAAACUCCUACGCGUGCGAAGUAUCAAGAGAUGUCACCUAGCUAACCUUAUAUCGUUUCACUAGUUCAAGAAGAAGGAAAGACCUGAUGUUACUGACGUAAUGGCAACUCCAGCUCUUCGGAUGUUUCGGAGGUUAGAGGGUCUGUUUUGUGUGUACAAACCCUCUGGUGUCCACUGGAAACUCGUUCGGGAUACCAUUGAGACAAAUCUUCUUAAAGGUUUAGACGCUGCACCGUCCCAGCCACUUCCUCGGGAGGUCCGCUUCUUGGCGCACCCAGUCAGUGAGACUGAAGCACCCAAGGGACUCUCACUGUCUGCAGCCUCUGUGCCAGUACUGUCCAAGCAUCCUCUGGUCACUGGACCUGAAUUCCAGCAUAUUAGAGUUGGAGUAGGACAUCGCCUGGAUGCAUUCUCUUCUGGUGUUCUGGUUCUUGCUGUCGGGAACGGAAACAAGGCUCUGAAUGAUUUCUACAGAACACGAGUCACAAGGGGUUACACUUUGGAGGGUGAAUUUGGGACUGCAACAGAUGAUUUCUCUCACACAGGCAGAGUUGUGGAAAGAUCCACUUACGGUCACAUCACACAGGAUAAGAUGGACAGAGUCUUAGCGAUGCUGGAGGGAGCCAAUCAAAAGGCCUUGUUAAUGUAUUCCAACGUGGACAUGCGCUCACAGGAAGCCUAUGAGAUGGCUGUGCACGGUUUACUGGGUCCAGAGGGGAAAUCGCAGCCUAUUUUGACAGGCUUGCGUUGUGUUCACUUCCAGCCCCCCAACUUCACUUUAGAGGUGCAGUGUUUAAAUGAAACUCAGAAAUAUUUGCGCAAAGUCGUGCAUGAGAUAGGACUCGAGCUGCGCAGCACAGCAGCGUGUAAAGGAGUUAGACGGACCAGAGACGGACCCUUCACCCUGCAGGAUGCUCUGAUCCAUCACCACUGGACUGCUUCGGAUGUUAUACAGGCCAUCAGACAAUACCACUCUAAAAAAGAUCAAAAAUAUUCUCACACACAGAUCAAGGACCCAGCAUUUCAAUCAACAGAAGAGAGUACGACGACUCAAUGCAAUGAAACUAGCGAGGAAGCAGCAGUAGGCACAAUUAAAUAACUUGUUGCUGUGAGGAGCAGUUAAUACAAGUCACAGAACUGCUCACUUCAGUUGGAAAAGAGAUGUGAAAGAACACAGAUCCUGGUUCCUGAAAGAGAAACGGUAUUUGUUUUAUAUGCAGAGUCCUCUCCAUCCACAAAGACACUUCCUGCAUCUCAUAUAUAUUCCAAAGUGUUCACCUUUGUUAUGCAGGUAAAAUGUUAUACGGUUGUGCAUGUAAUAUUAACUUAAUCCCAAAAUCAUAUUAUGACAUUGUUUGUUUUUGAUGAAAUUAAAAAAGAAUUUGACCAACAUUCUUAAGAAAUCUGUUUGUUUUUGCUGCAAUUUGAUAAUUUUAAUUUGUCAGUGUCUAUAGACAAGAUAUUAAACUGUGAAUUAGUACGAAGUGGCUUUUUGUAUGACAAGUAAAGUUAAAUCAACACUCUUGAAGGUCUGUAGAUGACAGGAUGCACAUAUUUUAUCAGCAGAAAACAACCACAAGUCAUUUACAACUUGCCAUAUCCUGUUUAACAACCUCAUCUCUGCUGUGGUUGUUUCUCUUUCAAACAAAGUCAAAUCAAUAGAUAACCAGCCAGCCAGCUUUACCACUGUUAACAUCCACCAUGCAUUGCGUCUUUGAAACAACUCAUUUCACAUGUCUGUAGUUCCCCAUCAUUUUUAGGGGGUUUCCUGGAAAGAACUUGAAAUGUGACACUAAUUACGGGGAAAAUGAGACAUUCCUUGAAAACGGUAAAGAUGAAUUAAAUAUUCAUAGUUAUUGAAAACGCUUUUCUAAAUACGUGUUCCUACAUCGUACAUAAAGCAACUUCAUGUUGAACAAAGUGACAAUGUUUACAUGUUCCAGACUAAAACUGAAUUAUCUGAAUAAAUUAACAGCAACAAGAUAAAUUCUCCUGCUGGGUAAACCACUCAUAUUGGAUUCGGUGUAAACGUCUUGUGUCCUCUGAUGAUGUUGGAAGAUGCUCUCAACAAUUCUGUUUCCCACAAAAGCUCCUCUGGGAUGUUAUGAGGUUAUUGCAGUGGCGUCAUUGUUGUCAUGCUCUUCAUACCAUUGAAUGACUUGUUCCCACAGGAACAAUGUUGUCUUUGUCUGGAAACACUCAACUUUCACAAGGACACAAAUGAACUAUGUGAGCAUGCAGUCGUCAUUCUGGAGGUUUAUUAAGCAUGAGGCAAGACAUUAGAACAAUUUGAUAUAAGGCAUUAAGUCACACAAGUUGCAGGCAAAUACACAAACACGAUAUGUUAACUGAUAGUUAUUUUACUACCUCUCUCUUCAAUUGUAGAU